CAAACAGUUUUCGACGAGAACUUCGUCUUUGAAGUAUCCGCCGGAGUGAUUGACAAGCGCACAGUGGAGAUCUUGCUGUACGAUUUCGAUGCGUAUUCUCGUCAUGUUUGCAUUGGUGGAACCAAAUUGCAUUUGGCCCAAUUGGAUCUGAGCGAACAACUGAAAUUGUGGACGCCGCUAACCUCGGCCUCGGCGCAAGAUAUGAAAAUGGAUCUGGGCGAUAUAAUGGUGUCGCUGGCCUAUUUGCCAUCCGCCGAGCGCUUGAUGGUGGUGUUGAUUAAGGCUAGAAACUUACGGAUUGUGGACGAUGCGCGCAACUCUUCGGAUCCGUAUGUAAAGGUCUCUCUCCUGGGUCCCGGUGGAAAGAAGUUGAAGAAACGCAAGACAGGUGUACAGCGCAAUACCGUUAAUCCGGUCUAUAACGAAGCCUUGGCCUUCGAUGUGGGCAAGGAGACGCUCAAGAAUUGUGUCCUCGAGUUCACUGUGGUGCACGACGGCCUGUUGGGUUCGAGCGAAAUAUUGGGUCGUGCUUUAAUUGGCAACUCCCCUGAGGUGCAGCACGAGGAGAAGAUAUUCUUCGAGGAAAUGUUUCGGGCCAAGAACGCAACGGCUCAGUGGGUGCCGCUGCAGGAACCAACCGCAAACAACUUGAGUACCACAGCCAAGGCAACAACCAAAAAUUAGAAUCCACAGAGCGCGAGCUUUCGCUGUUAAGCUGUUAACAGAAACUGUUAAAGGAAUAGAAGAAACUUUAUCUGCAGGGAAUUCAAAUUGGCUAAGAAAUUCUCCGGGAAUUUGCAGGGAUACAUUUAAGACGGACACAGAGCGGGUUUGCGAAAAAUUAAAAAAAUAUAUAAAAA